UUUGACUCUGUGUGGCGCGUUCACUUCCGGUGACUGGUGCGAGUGUUUUGGAGACGAGCGGCGGCUGUUUUGAAAGAACAUGAGUAACGAAUCUGAUUCUGAUCUCGAUGAAAGAAUCGAGUUAUUAAAACAGAAAUAUCUGCAGAGGAGGAAUCAGGUUCCAGACACAUUUGCCCUGCCGUCAGCUGAUGAUGGAGGUCGAGUGAGGAGUCAGACGCGCAGAGAGAUGAGAGAUUAUAAGAAAGCCCUCAGAGAGAUCUACAGGACUCGAAGGAGACCUGACAGUGCUGCAGAUGAUUCUCCUGAAGAAACGAACGUAUUAUGCACAGAGACAGAUGUGACCUUGCCAUCAAAUCUGGCCCGUUCAUCAAGUUCCUCUGUGUUGAACGGCCGAGGGAAGGACGUCAUGGAUGAAACCCCGAGCCCGAGCAGCGGCGCAGCGGCAGCCGUUCACGUCUAUCAGGAGAUGCUGCACAUUUAUGAGAAGCUGCAGGCGGAGCGGCUCAGUCAGCAGGUGUGGGCGGCAGAACUGUGUGAGCGCGAGCGUGAGCUCCAGCAGAGAGAAAACACACUACUGCAGCACCAGCGCAGCGUUCACAGGCUCAAAGCAGUGGAGGAGGAAGUGCUCAGACGCGUCCAGUCGCUGCAGCAGCAAUAUCAGCAAGAGACAAAUGAGCUGGAAGCUGCUCUGAAGCAGAAGACCAAAGAGAACAAGAGGAUGAAGUCCAGUUUUGAUUCCAUGAAGGAAUUAAAUGAUUCUAUGAAGAAACAGCUUAAUGAGGUCAGUGAGCAGAACAGGAAGUUGGAAAGUCAGUCUCGGAAAGUUCAAGCUCGCCUGGAGAACCUGCAGAGAAAGUACGAGUCCUUCACGACACACCGGGGCCGAGAACCUGCUGUUCCCAAAGCCUGGAAACCAGAAAAUCCUCCGUCAAAUAAAGCAGCAGGCAAGGCCGGCGUUCACGGCCCCUCGGUGAAGCUGCUGGCGCUUCUGUUGGAUUGGGUUGUGGAUGGUCAGCUGGUAGAGGUCAGAGACGGGUCAAACCUCACCGGCCGCGAGCCGUACGCCACACUGCGCCCCUCACUGCAUGAGAGAUGUGCCAAGGCGUUGCCUGUGCUGGUGGAGCAGCUUCAUCAGACCCCUGCGAUGGAGCCGUCACUGCUGCUGUCUCUGCUCCGCUGCGUCUACUGCUGCCUGCUGCUUCUGGAGCGCAGCUCACAGCACUCUGUCCUGACCUCCACGCUGAGGAGGCUGGGUGAGGAGGUGUCUCGUGGAUCAUGUGACCCGGCUCGCCCGCGGGCCUGUCCGCUGUUUAAGAGCUCCUGUCUCCACACGCGCUUCCUGUGCAGCCUCAUCAUCAUCAAAACCAUCAGUCAAGUGGACGUUCUGGCUCAGGCUGUGGACGUUGUGUCCUGUGCGGUGCGGACCGAUGAAGGACAGACGCUCUUCCUGGAGUACCGGGCUCUGCCGGCGGUUCUGGCUCUGCUGAGAGGUGGCAGUCCCGGCCUGCUGGCUCCGUCCGUAGACGUCCUGCUACAGAUGAGCUCAGAAUCACGGAUGCUGUCGGCUUUUCUGGAUCAGUGCAGCACUGAAGAUUUCUUCCGCUGCGCCUCGACGUUCCUCCGUAACCCUCGUCUGGAGCCGCCGCUGAUGGAGAAGAUGCUCAUGCUCCUGCAGAAGCUCUCCAGUGUCCGGAAGAACAAGCGUCUGUUUGAAGUGUCGUCGCUGCAUUUGUUGCUGCAGGAGAUGCACAGAACCGCUGACCGCUCUCAAGCCUUCCUCAACAUCAACCUCAGUUCCAUCCUGCUCAACCUGGGCCUGCUCACACGUUCAUAACACACUCAAAACACACUCAUAACACGCUCAAAACACACACAAAACACACUCAAAACACACUCAUAACACGAUCAUAACGCUCAUAACACACUCAUAACAUGCUCAUAACACAUAACGUUCAUAACAUGCUCAUAACACACUCAUAACACACUCAUAACGCUCAUAACACACUCAUAACACACUCAUAACACUCAUAACACACUCAUAACACGCUCAUAACAUGCUCAUAACACACUCAUAACACACAUAACGCUCAUAACACACGCAUAACAUGCUCAUAACACAUACCGUUCAUAACACGCUCAUGACAAGCUCAUAACACACGCUCAUAACGCUCAUAAUGCUCAUAACGCGCUCAUAACGUUCAUAACACGCUCAUAACAAGCUCAUAACACACUCAUAACGCGCUCAUAACGUUCAUAACACGCUCAUAACAAGCUCAUAACGUUCAUAACGCUCAUAACAAGCUCAUAACGCGCUCAUAACGUUCAUAACACGCUCAUAACAAGCUCAUAAAACGCUCAUAACAAGCUCAUAACGCUCAUAACAAGCUCAUAACACACUCAUAACGCGCUCAUAACGUUCAUAACACACUCAUAACACGCUCAUAACAAGCUCAUAACACGCUCAUAACAAGCUCAUAACGUUCAUAACGCUCAUAACAAGCUCAUAACACACUCAUAACGCGCUCAUAACGUUCAUAACACGCUCAUAACAAGCUCAUAACACGCUCAUAACACGCUCAUAACAAGCUCAUAACGUUCAUAACACGCUCAUAACAAGCUCAUAACACACUCAUAACACGCUCAUAACGCUCAUUACACGCUCAUAACAAGCUCAUAAUGCACUCAUAACGCUCACAACACGCUCAUAACGUUCAUAACACGCUCAUAACACGAUCAUAAUGCUCAUAACACACUCUCAACACUCAUAACAAGCUCAAAGCGCUCAUAACACGCUCAUAACAAGCUCAUAACACGCUCAUAACGCUCAUAAUGCUCAUAACACGCUCAUAACGCUCAUAACACGCUCAUAACAAGCUCAUAACACGCUCAUAACACGCUCAUAACGCUCAUUACACGCUCAUAACAAGCUCAUAAUGCACUCAUAACGCACUCAUAACGCUCACAACACGCUCAUAACGUUCAUAACACGCUCAUAACACGAUCAUAAUGCUCAUAACACACUCUCAACACUCAUAACAAGCUCAAAGCGCUCAUAACACGCUCAUAACAAGCUCAUAACACACUCAUAACACGCUCAUAACGCUCAUUACACGCUCAUAACAAGCUCAUAAUGCACUCAUAACGCACUCAUAACGCUCACAACACGCUCAUAACGUUCAUAACACGCUCAUAACACGAUCAUAAUGCUCAUAACACACUCUCAACACUCAUAACAAGCUCAAAGCGCUCAUAACACGCUCAUAACAAGCUCAUAACACGCUCAUAACGCUCAUAAUGCUCAUAACACGCUCAUAACGCUCAUAACACGCUCAUAACAAGCUCAUAACACGCUCAUAACAAGCUCAUAACACACUCAUAACACGCUCAUAACAAGCUCAUAAUGCACUCAUAACGCACUCAUAACACGCUCACAACACGCUCAUAACGUUCAUAACACGCUCAUAACACGAUCAUAAUGCUCAUAACACACUCUCAACACUCAUAACAAGCUCAUAAAGCGCUCAUAACACGCUCAUAACAAGCUCAUAACACACGCUCAUAACGCUCAUAACGCUCAUAAUGCUCAUAACACGCUCAUAACGCGCUCAUAACGCGCUCAUAACACGCUCACAACACGCUCAUAACGUUCAUAACGCGCUCAUAACGCGCUCAUAACACGCUCACAACACGCUCAUAACGCUCAUAACACUCAACACUCAUAACAAGCUCAUAACACACUCAUAACACAAUCAUAACAUUCAUAACACGCUCAUAACACGUGCUCAUUACACGCACUCAUUAUGCUAAUAACGCUCAUAGCACGCUCAAUGCUAAUAACACGCUCAUGACGCUAAUAACAAGCUCGUAACGUUCAUAACAAGCUCGUAACGUUCAUAACAAGCUCAUAACGUUCAUAACAAGCUCAUAACACGAUCAUAACGCUCAUAACGUUCAUAACAUGCUUAUUACACGUGCUCAUUACACGCGCUCAUUACGCUAAUAACACACUCAUAACACUAAUAACGCUCAUAGCACGCUCAUACCGCUAAUAACACGCUAAUAGCGCUAAUAACACGCUCAUAACGCUAAUAACACGCUCAUAACACGCUCAUAUAACGCUCAUAUCACGCUCAUAACACGCUUAUAACGCUAACAUGCUCAUAACGCUCAUAACACACUCAUUACAUGCUCAUAACACGCUCAUAACACACUCACAUCGUCAUUAUUCAUCACACCUCUGUGCCUUGAUGCUUUUUGUGUUGUGCAGAAUGUCCGAGCUGCUGUUUUCCACACCGAACAGGAUGAUUUUAUACUAUCAAGCUCCAAAAAGAACGUUGCACUGUAUUUCAAGUCUUCUGGAGAGGAAGAUUAUCAGUGAACAAUAAUCAAUGAGGUUUAUGGAUCUAUGUAUGUAUGCUGUUAUGAUACUUAAAUGGUGUUUUUGGCCUUUUUAAAACAUCAUCCACUGCAAAGAGCAGUUAAUAUUAGGAAAAUAGCAGGAUUUUAUGCAGUGCAAUUUUAUUUAUUUUUUAGUAUACAUUGCAAUAAUGAAUUUGAUGUUUUAUGAUUCAGUGAUUUAAUACAUUUAACUCAAUUAAACUUGUCUCUGGUUAGUGAUGUGGAGAGAA